AUGAAGUCUAAUUCUAUACAAAAGCCAAGGCAUAUUAAAAAAUCAGCCAAAAAGCCUGCAAAAACUAAAAAGCUUACUCCCCAGCGAACAAAAAAUUUGUUCGCUCACUGAUCACUGAUGGAGUUAAUAUUUUAUUAAAAAGUUUAUCCCUAUUUAAUUUGUAAAAUUUAUGUGUCUUAAAAUUCAAAGUUAAACUGCAUUAGCAAGAGAUUUCAUUAUGAUAAUCACUUAUAUAUCAAACUAUUUUUUCACAAAAAUUUUUCAUAUUAAAAAUGUAGGGUCAAAAAAUAGGUAUUUUCUAUGGUUUUGUUCGCUCACAGAGGGUGAGUUAGCAUGGUAAUCAAUUCUCCUGAAAAAGUCCCAAAGAUUCUAUCACCUUUAUACAACGCAAAUAUUAUAACGUUGUCGAGAAGCAGAAUUGAAAAACCAAAUCGAAAAUUUUCUGGCCUAAAUAGUUCCUAUCAAAACCGUAUGGAUAAUACACUGCUUUCUGAAUAUAUUUUUAAUGAUAAAAGACAGAUGAAGUUAAGCGACAGAUCAGAUAAAGAUGCAAAUCCAUCAACUACUAGAAGCACAGCGCCUAUCGAUGACAGUUAUGGAAAAACGUUUAAUACUGCUACAAAUAGAUACUCUCCUGUUUCCAGGCACAUAGAACUCCCAAGAAUAAAAAAUAAACAAAUAAUGAUUGAAUUUUCCCCUGUAAGAUUUGCAGAUACCGAAGAGAGCGAUAUUCCGAUUGAAAUUCUCCCGAUUUUGCCGAUGACAAAUAAAAUUUUAAGAUCGAGCCUUCAAGGUGCCAAAUUUAUGUUGGAUAAACGAUUAAACCAGUAA